UAAAUAAAAACAAAUCCUCCAAUCACCGCACACUAAGAGGCGGUUCACAUUCCACUCUACGGGCUGUUUACUUCCGUCAAUAUUCUGAGCAAAACUGAAUUUUAUUAUAACAAAGGACUCGCUGCUGGUGGAGAAUGCCGUUCUUGGGGCAGGACUGGAGGUCUCCGGGAUGGAGCUGGAUUAAGACCGAAGACGGCUGGAAACGCUUCGAAUUUUUCGGCCACGAUUUGGGAGAUGACAACAAUAACGAGCUCGACUUGGAAGAGCUGUGUGAUGAAAACAAAGAAAACAUGUACGUGGGAAACGUCUGUGAAGUCGUUGCCAAGAAAAGGAAGAAGGACUUUGUCAACAACAACACAAAGACGCAGUUUUUCUACCAGGAAAAGUGGAUCUAUGUGCAGAAGGAGAGUACCAGAGAGAGACAUGGCUACUGUACGCUGGGAGAGGCCUUCAAUCGGUUAGAUUUCUCCAGCGCCAUCCAGGACGUGCGACGCUUCAACUAUGUGGUGAAGCUCCUGCAACUGAUAGCUCGUUCCCAGCUAACGUCCCUGAGUGGUGCAGCACAGAAGAACUACUUCAAUGUGCUGGAGAAGAUCAUCAACAAAGUGCUGGACGACCAGCAGAACCCGCGGCUGAUUAAGGACCUGCUGCAGGACCUCAGCUCCACGCUGUGCACGCUCAUCAGGGAGGUGGGCAAGUCGGUGUUGGUGGGGAACAUCAACAUCUGGGUCUGUCGCCUGGAGACCAUUCUCACAUGGCAACAGCAGCUCAACAGCCUGCAAAUCCCAAAGCAACUGACCAAUGGGAUGACCCUCAGUGACCUCCCGCUACACAUGCAGAACAACAUCCUGUACAAAUUCUCAGAUGCCUCUGACAUUAUCAACCUGGGCCAGGCCACACCCACUCUGCGCGUGCUCAGUGAGGACCGGCAUCUGUGGAAGAAGCUGUGCCAGUUUCACUUCGCUGAGAAACAGGUAGGAAUCGCAGCAGUGUGUGUGUGUGGGCGUGUGUGGUAGGAAUCGCAGCAGGAG